CGGAUUUCAACAAGGAUUUCAUUGCAGUCCGAAGCAGGACUGUAACAGACCCCGCCCUCCUAAUGAACACCGAACCCAAAUGCACAGCGGAAACACGCCGAUUAAUUUUGUGAUACACGAUACCGUGUAGUCUGGUGCUCUACAUUUACUUUUGGAAUCAGGAAUGCUCGAUAUAAUUUGAAAACACCAUUAGAAAUGUGUAUAGACGGCGAAAAGACGUUUUGAAUGAUGUAUUGCUGCUUUUUCACAAGUCACACGGGGGUCACAAUAUCUGACAUCAAGUAAAAAAAAGUCACCCCUUUACCAGAGCUGACCUGUACAUCCUAGUAAUUAAUUAUGUCCAGGCUUUUUACCAUUUGCCACUUUUUGCUUGUUUUUGUUUGAAGUUUUUAUUUGUUUGUAUUCAAAAUGACGUUAUCUUUUUCGAAGUGCCGGUUUUGACGUCUCUGAGAUUCUAAAAGACGUAAUAAUCGUCACGUGACAAGAGUUCUUAUCUACGUAGUUCACCGCAAUACUUGGCAUUUGUAUGAAAAUGAACUCAGGUGGUUGGUGUGUUUUGAGAGCUGGUGAAGACUACAGACGUCGACAAGCAAUGGCAAUGCCUUCAGUGCUCCAUAUCCUCCUCAUCUUUUCCCUGGUGGGCCACAGCUUUGCAGAGGAUGAGGCUUCUCCUCGAGGCUGUGGCUCCCUCCUAACGAGGCCAUUCACCAACCUGUGCGACCUGGACGCAGUGUGGGGUGUAGCGGUGGCAGUGGCGGCAGGCGUGGCGGUCCUGGCCUCACUGAUCCUGGCCCUGGUGUUGUUGUGCCGCCUGCGACGCAUCACAGAGCCUGAGGCUCGCAGCGGAGUGGCACCUCUGAUCCUGCUCCUAGCCACCACUAUCAUGCUCUCUGCUCUCAGCUUUGCGCACAUCAUUGAGAGUCAGGAGCAUGUGUGCAUUGCUCGGCAUGUGCUCUGGGGGGUGCUGUCUGUCCUGAGCGCGGCUUAUAAAGUUACCCAGGGUAUGCGACUGCUCCGGCACACCGGCUUCAGGAUGCUGGCUUCACUGGUGAUAGGCAUGGCUGUAAUACCAGCUUUCGCCAUGUUGGAGUGGAUCCUGGCAGUUGUGAGGCAUCCAGGCCAACCAGUCUGCCAGUACCAGCCAUUAAGCAUCGCCUUGGCCUGCAUUUACGGGCUGGUCCUGCUCGUAGCAGUGCCAAUAACCUUGGUCGGGGGCAUGGCUCAGGGGGAAUCACUGAUGCGUUGCAGGAUGUUGUGGCUGCUCUGCAUGAGCUGCACCUCUGGUGGGAUGUGGGCCAUCUGGGUGGCCUGUAAUCAUAUUUUGAAAAUGACACCCGGCCAGUCCACCAGUUUGGAGGACCAGUUGUGGGCAGAGGUGCUAGCAGUGCAGGCCUGGCUGUUGCUGCUGUUCCACGCUGCCCCUGAGGCCUACGCCUGCCUGCGUCCACCUCGACAGCCCUCAGGUCUUGAUGGUGUUGGCCCCGCACCAGCCCCACCCCGCUCAAGGGAGGCCAGUAUAGAGGAGGGCCUUCCCCUGUCCCCCCAGCCCAGUGUAGAGAGCCAGGGCUCUCCAUCUCGCAGCAGCUCAGCUGGUUCUGGAAGUCAGAGAAGUGGAAGUGCAGAACCAAUGCCCAGCACAUCCUUCCACAUCGAGAUGAGCAGCAACGCAGAGCCCAUGCCCUCCACCUCCACCGGAAUAUAUCACAUUUGGCAUACACAGUCAUCUGGAUUUUGAGGAGGAUGGCUCUGCUUCAUUGGCCAUGGACCUGCUGCUGCUCCCCACUGGACAUCUGCAAGAUUAUUAAUACUUACAUGAUUAAAAUAUGUAAUUUUUAUGAC